GACCAAGAAUGUCGGUUGCAGUGCCGAAGCGCCCAAAGAGAACGUAACCUCGGUGAUAGAAAAAAUAUAACCUUAAAGUUGUAUCUGUCAUUUCGAGUGAAUUACGUAUCUUGUUAAAAGAAAUUUCACUCAUUUGUAGAAUGUUAUAAAAAAUAUUUUUAUAACUCUUGUAUAAUUAUAUCUAGAAUCUUAUACUUUGCGUCUCUAAAUAGAUAAAGAAACGUGCAAACGACAUCAAUCAACGGUACCACUGUUCAAGACGCUCGAGAGAAGUUUCUAUUAACCUCUUCAUACAAAGAGAGUGAUAUACAUUUAUCAGCGAUACAUAAGAUUGAUAAUAAUCCAAAUAUGAAUGUGACAAAAAAGAUAAAUGUGAAUUUUUCAUCCUUGGUUGGUCUGAAAGCCGAGUUGUUGAGAAAACAAGCUGAGGUAAACGAGGCUAAGUUGAAAACUGAGCCCAUCAAUGUAUUGCCACAGUUGAAUAAGAAAAGGACCAAAAAAACUAAUGUGGAGAAUACAGAAAAACAUAUAAAGGAAACAGUAGAUCCAGAAGAUAUUAUUGCCCAUAAAAAAUCAAGAUUGAUGUUAGAAGCUAAAACAAGAUUGUACGAAAGAUUGAAGAAAUCGAAGAGUAACAACGAUAAGUUCCUUGUUGAUUUUAAGAACAAGAUGGAUGAAUCCGAUGAUUUUGUGGAUGAGACAAUUAACGAUGAGUAUCCCAUAGAACCAGAGGAAAAUUGGGUGGAGUAUCAAGAUUGUUUUGGUCGUACUAGAAAGUGUUUGCAGGAGGAUCUCCCACAUAUGCAGAGGAAGGAUGAUAUUAUAAAACAGGAAAUAAUGAAGAGGAAUGCUAAUAAUACCAGGGAAGACGGUAACGAAGAACAAUACUCUACUGUUGAAGAAAAGGAACCUGAAAUCGAAAUUAUGAGACGAAAAUGGGAAGAGCAGACGCAAAAGCUCGCGGACAAGAUUGACAUACAUUAUCAAGAUAUACUGUUUGACGAAGCACGAACCCAUGGUGUUGGUUACUAUGCAUUUUCGCAAGACGAGGAGCACAGAAUAAAGCAGCAGGAGAACUUGGCGAACUUGAGGAAAGAGACAGAGAAGAAGCAGAAGGAAAUGAAGGACAUUAAGGAAUUGAAGGAGAGGAUGGAGCAAAAUAGGUUGAAAGCAGCGAGAAUUAGACAGCGAAUUAGGGCAGGCUUGCCAGCAGAACCUACGGAGGAAGAGCUAGCUCAAGAGAGCAAUUCUACCAUCAAAACAGGUAAUAUUGAUGUCAAGGAAGUGGAUGGUGAAUCUGUUGAGAAGGAUGAAGAAAAAUCUACCGAGGGACCUGAUGGUGAUAAGUCUGUUAAAGAAAUUAAUGCUACUAGUGAGAAAGUAAUAAGUGACGAAGAUAAGAUAAAAGCCUUUGAACAUCUCUUGGGCAAGAGAGAUCAUUGGCACGUUAUGUCACAAAAAGAAUGGGUAUAUAAAUAUAGAGCACAGAGAAUCAAGGAAUUCGCGCCAGUGUAUAGUAAUUUUAAAAGUGCUGGAUUUCACAAUAGUAGUCAAAGUAUUGGUGAACAGUCCAAUCAAGAAAAUAAUAAAAAACUCGAUAACUCAGAAAGUAAUUCCCAGAAAACCAUUCACAAUACCAAAGACAGCACUGAUUUAGAAAAACAUGAAGCUAGCGAUGAUUUUAUCGCUAUUAAUAAGCCAGUUUCAGUUGCUAGAGAUACUGGUGAUAGUCAGAAUAAUAAAGACAGUUUAACACAGUGUAAAGUUAGUGAAAAGGAUAACACAAGACAUGAACUACUUGGGAAUGUAACGAAAUCGACAUCGAAUCUUGCUACAAGUUUACCUAAUGAAUUGCAAUCUCAGAGACAAGCAACCGUCUCGUAUCCAUUAUCACACUUGUCCAGCAAAUAUUCGUGUGUUACAUAUGAUUAUUCCAAGGCACACGUAACGGAGGAACAUAAAUUGCCAAGUGCCAAGGAUAUUCCUUUACCUGGUGAAAACCUUACUACGUAUACAGAAUCCAAUGACAAUGCCACUCACAUAAGCAAGCAAGAAACAUUGCCACGCAGUAUAAAUGAGGAUAAUAUAAUGGCUGGUCUUAAAUAUUUAAGAGAAAAGUUUGAAGAAAAUCACAGCAAAUAAUAUAAAGUUUUAUUCAGUAUUAUU